GGCUUCAUUUCCUUAUAUGUCAGUAUGCCAGUCAUACUUCGAUCAAGAAAUCUGUCAACAGAUCUCGGGGUUGCUAAUGGUUCUCAGGGCACUGUACGCAAGAUUUACAUGGCACUGUGCAAAAAUGGAUUCACUUACUGUACAUGUGCUCUUGUGAACUUUGCAGGCAGUCGUGUGCAAAUCCCAGGUUUGCCUGUAGGCACUUUCCCAAUCACCCCCAUUUCAUGGUCUUUCACUACCCUGGCACCUGGGUCGAGGGAUGCAUCCUCGAAGCUGCGUGUUAUAUGCGAACAACUGCCAAUCCAGCCCGCAUUUGCUGUCACAGGUCAUUCUGCACAAGGCAAGACCCUUCCGAAAGUCAUUGUCAAUCUACAUGAGGGAGGUUUUGCGGGUUAUGUGGCUGCCUCCCGUGCACAGACGCAAGAUGGUUUGUGUAUCACCGAGCCUGUCACAAUUGACCAGCUGAACAAGCCACUG